GUAACAUUAAAGUGACGUAGCUGAGAAAGCUGGAAGGAACAGAUUGCAAGAAGAUUCCAAAAUCAUUCUUUGAACAUAAGUGAUAUGAAUUUCUUACAUAGAUUUCUAAUUCCACUGCUGGGUUGCCUGUUAUUUGAAGCUAAAAAUGCCGCACCCACUAAUGCGACAGAAAGCCAGACUGACUUCUACGCUAAAAAAUGCCAGUUCCCUCACAUGGCACUUUUGAAAAUAUCUACGGGUAAUAAAAGCCACAUUUGUGGAGGAUCCCUUGUCGAUGAUAUUCACAUAAUCACAGCAGCUCACUGCUUUCCGAAAGGUUGGACAUUCGUAGAUGUCUCUCUCGGAAGUACUAAUUCAAGUGUUGCAACAGCUACAUUUCACAUUAACAGGACUAAUGUGCAUUUACAUAAAGACUUUAAAACGCUGAAUUCCAGUUUCUUGUUAUAUGAAAAUGACGCUGCCUUUUUAGUUCUUCCACGACCUAUUAAUGCUAGUAAGUGCAUCCGACCAAUUACCAUGGCAACACACAACGAUACAUUUUACUCAUCAUGUUUUAUGGUCGGCUGGGAAAUUAAUUCUAGUAAAGCAAACAAUACUGCAGUACUGAAAUGGGAGAAUGUUAACGUACUUCCAGACAAAGAUUGUGGAAUUAUUGCAAAACAAUUCGGAAAGAGACGUAUCUGCGCAAGUGAUCUACAUUUACAUGGUGGAAAGGAAAAGUGUCAGGGUGGCGAAGGAGGAUCUUUGGUGUGUUUUACAAAAGAUAACAGAACAGUUUUGGCUGGAUUUACCUCUUCUGAAGCAGUCUGUCAACAUGGCAUAUCAGUAUGUAACAGAGUGGCGUAUUUUUUCACAGAGAAUUAAACAGCGUUUUAAUCAUCGAUCUAUGUAUACUUCAUUGUGAAUAAAUCGCUACCAAAUUUC